AAAGGACCUUUAGGACCCCGGUAACUGUUCAAGUCUGUGAUAGAGAAUAUGUUCAUCCAAAGUUAUGGCCAAUUUAGCAAGAUAAUCAGCCACUUUGUUGGCUUCUCUAUAGUACUGGGAGAAGGUGAAAUCAGCACUGUCGAUUAAGUUAGCAAUAUCCUCCACAAUAGUUUUCAAGUUGAGGUUGUGAGAGGUUCAGUUCUUCAUCAUAUAUGGAUUUUAUAUUUUAUAAUCCAAUAGUAGUGUAGAGAUUUCUAUAUUAUUGUUAGUAUAUUUUAUCAUAUUGUAGUAAGUAAUCUACCCGAUUUUCCAGGCAAUUAACUCCAGUUCUCAUACUAGUUUUUUUUUUUUUUAAUUCCAAGUCACAAUUUUAUUACCACUUUGUCAAAAAGUUACAGUUUGUAGAGGGAGGGGAUAGCCUGGCCCUCUAGAACACUUUGUGGGUCUGAAUCAGACCCUCUAAUUUGAGGAAAAUGAGCCUAAGAACAACAUUAGUUCCAACCCUACGGUGGUAAUAAAGCUAAAAAGGUCAUGGUGGCUCCAAUGGCACACCCGGUCUUUUUCCCCUGACUCGAAAGGUUGGUAGUUGCUUGUAGUUUUCUUUCAGAUAACCUAACCUGAUAGUGUAAAAAAUCUUUUAUUGUAUGAGCGUAUAGGACAUGGACUAGUGGACGUAAUAUCUAACCUGUCCAAUUACACUAUUUAAGUUAGGCAUUCCUAACUUUGUACAUUUGUUACCUCUCAAAAGAUGUAGUACCAGAAUACCACAAUUACAUGUAAGUUUCCUUAUAUGCAUUUGAUCCCAGCCAAGGCAUUGUAGCUAUGUAUAUCAAGUAUACAACGUUGACAAAGGUUACACAAAAGAUCAUCCCAUCAUGUGCAACUUGUAAUUGCAGUUUUCCUUCUAAUUUGCCUAAUUCAGAAGAUCAUAGUUAUUUGACGAAUGGACAUUUAGACACUGCAAUAGAUUGGAUACCUGGCAUGGAAGGCAUCCGUCUGAAAAACUUGCCAAGCUUCAUCAGAUCCACAGUCGACGAACCUAGCUACGUUUUCAUCAAAUUUAUAAUGGAAGAAAUCUUGGACAAAUUUCCCAAGUUCUCUGCGCUCAUUUUGAACACUUUCAACGCGCUAGAGAGUGACGUUUUGCAACAAAUUUCAAUCAAGUUCCCUGCAGUUAAUUAUACUAUUGGACCCUUUCACUCUUUGUUGAAUAAUCUAACACAAGACGAUGAUUUGAAAUCAAUAGGUUCAAAUCUAUGGAAAGAAGAUACUCACUGUUUCGAAUGGCUGAACAAUAAAAAACCAAAAUCAAUGGUUUAUGUAAAUUUCGGAAGUAUUACAGUGAUGAGCAAAAAGCAGCUAAUUGAAUUUGCAUGGGGACUUGCUAAUACCAAAAUGAAUUUCUUGUGGAUCAUUAGAUCAGAUUUAGUCAUGGGUGAUUCGGCCAUUUUGCCACAUGAAUUUCUCGCGGAGACUAGGGAAAGAGGUUUAUUAUGCGGUUGGUGUCCUCAAGAACAAGUUUUAAGUCAUCCAUCAAUUGGAGGAUUCUUGACACACUGUGGAUGGAAUUCGACUUUCGAAAGUAUAUCAUACGGUGUGCCAAUGUUGUGUUGGCCUUUCUUUGCUGAUCAACAAACAAAUUGUUGGUUUAAUUGUAAUCGUUGGGGUGUAGAGAUGGAAAUCGAUAGCAAUGUGAAGAGGGAAGUGAUUGAGGAACUUGUGAAAGAGUUGAUGAUUGGAGAAAAGGGCAAAGAGAUGAAAGAAAAUGCAUUGAAGUGGAAGAAAUUAGCAGAAGAAGCUCUCAGUUCUCCAGAUGGAUCAUCUUACAUGAAUUUUGAGAAGUUGGUUAAUAAAAUGCUAUUGCGAAAAGAAUCUUCACUUCUUUCAUUAGAUUGACAUGUCGAUAUAAUGA